AUGCCACAACUGUCAUUUAAAACGAUAGGGGAUGAAUGCCUGUGGGAAUGUCCUCUAUUUUUUGAUGCAUUCUUUGAGAUUUGCCAUCCCGAGCACGUAUUAGCAAACCCAGACAUGCACAACAGCCACAACAAUCACUUUUGCAGACUCAUGCUCAGGGAGUUCUUGGAGAAGAAGAAGAAGACCAGAACCGCGUAUUGGCCUCAUUACCUCAAACAUGUUCAAAUAAGAUUGGAUCCUCACCAAGAAUGGAAAACCCUAAAUUCUCACACAAACUUUCUCGACGGGUCGGCACCUCAUGUCUACCUCCAGUUCAAACUAAAGUGGCUUUAA